CAAUGAUUUGUUCAUUUCAGAGAAAAUACAGCACAAAAAUGUCGCCAAAAGCCUUCUUCUCAAUGGUGAUACUUUGUUUGUCUGUAACCCAUUUCCCCUCCACGUGCCAACAAUCCUUAUUCGACACUGAAGCAGCGAAAAUGGAAAGAAAGCAACGUUUCGGCGACUCGACAUCUACCGGCCCCGUCAGAAGCUCUGAGCAGAACAUUUUAUCCCAGGUGUCGCAUCAACGCAAUUCCGACUCCCUCUUCGAUCUCGCGGGCAGUUCCGUCAUCACGACGAAAACAUUUCCUUUCGUCACCGAGUUUGACAGGGAUGCUCCUGUUUCAAGGAUUAUCGACGAAACCGCCCCUGCGCGAUUCAAGGAACCUGCUGAGAGAACGACGGUGCCUGCUCCGCAGAAUUUCGACAUCAUAACCUUCGGACGAGAUUCUCGCCAGAAGAACCAACAGCAAAAGGAUCAAAACAAUAGGGUUGACUUUGACAGCGAGGAAAUAGAAAAACGCAGGAGAGUCGCAGCAACUCUGAGAGAACUGGAAGAAAGGAUUAGAUUGGAGGAAAGGUUGGCAGCUGCUCGAAGAAUCAACAGCAAACAGCAACAACAAGAACAAAAACAGCGACAAGAACAACAACGUCAAGAUAAACCUUCCAGAGACAACAGAAGAAGACAGGAAUUCGAAGACAGGGACACCAGUAGGCUGAGGGAUGAGCCAGAUGACCAACCAGCUGCCAAUAGAGACAUAGUGCUGAGACUGUCCACCUCAGACAGAGACCAGUUGGUGUCUGCACCAUCAGCAUCCUAUGCAGAUGAUUCUGCCCCAGACUUCAACACCUACUACCCUCAGCCCCAGCUGCCCCACCAUGAAGAACUGCAGCCAGCAGACAGGUCCUAUGAUGUGUACCCUCCAAACCCAGCAAGCAGUUAUGAGAAACCACCACCAUCUACAUCUUAUAACAAGCCAAGUGAUAACUAUGAAGAGAAUGCAGAGGAUUACUACCAGAGGACACCUGCAGUCAUUGCCAGCAACAGUCCACAGGGACCAGUGAUUCAUAUCACACUGAAUCAACAUCUGCCUGUUGGAGGUGGUGGUGGUGAAGGAGGGAUUGGACCUCAGAGGGAUACUGUUGGAGAUAUGGCACCAGCACCACCAUCGCCUUUGGCAGAUGUGCCAUCAACCACUACUGCUGCACCACCAGCUCCUCCACAAGUUUUCCAAAUGAUUGCACAGCCUCAGCAGGGAUUCUUCCCAGGUGUUGGUGCAGUAGGUGCACAGUACCUUCUACCAAUCAACAUCCCAGUACAGCAGCCUAUCCAACAGUCACCACCUGCUGCAUUGCCUGCACCAGUGCCACCACCUACUCAGCCAGUGGUGGUUGUGGUCUCACCAAACAAGAAAGGAGGCUAUGGUCAUUAUGACAGUGAUUCCUCUGGGGUUGGGGUCAAAGUGUUGAAGGGUUCAUCAUACCAUGAUGAACCACAGCAGAGCUACAUAAAGCCCAGGGAUGAAGAAAACAAAGGAAGGUCUUUGAGCUACACCAUCAGAAUCCCAGGGGACCAAUCAGAUACCUAUGGGUCCAGGCCAACCUAUGGAAGACCAACAACAUUGAUUUCAAGAAACAGCAGAGGAGCGGGUGACAUCUACACUUCGGGCUCCAAACCGAAAGAGAUAUUCCUCAACAUUGGAUCGGACGGUGUCGUGAGACCGUCAAGGAGAAACAAGCGUUCCACUGACCAACGAGAAAACGCGAAGCGAGUUUCGCACUCAGAUGUCGCUACAAGAAACCCUAAAAAAGGAGAUUUGGGCAUUCCAGAAAAAGCAUUUUCCGGGAGAUUACCAGUCGUUUCCAGAAGCGACACCAAUGUCCAGAAGACAGAUGUCACUCUUGCGCAGCGGAAAAAGCGCUCUGCCGACGGAAGAGCGUCAGAUAACGAUGGAGAUGACGUGCAUUAUUUCUUUCAUAUUCAACAUGACAUUGCAGAAGAUUCGCCAUCGGGGAGAGGAAGUAAGCAGGUGUACCAGCAACCGAGAAGAGACUACCGGGUGCCACAAACAGUGAUGAGACCCAGCAUGCCAUCAGUGGCGCCCCCUGGAGCAGCCCCUCCCAGCAGCGAUGACUCCAUGCCCACACAGCAGCAGAACCCCCAAGUGCAGUUUGUUGCAGUUGCAGUGCCCUUCCCUGUCCAACAGGCUUCCCCACCGCAACCCACAUUCAACAUCCCUGUCAAGCUGUCCCUGGCCUCCAGGCCCUCGGCCACGGUCCAUCACUACUAUGUGCCCAAAAAGGAGAAGUUUAAGAAGCUGAAGAAAGGCUGGAUGUGGUUUUGAUUCUAUUUUUUUUUUUAAUAUCUUUUGGCUGGAAACGUUUUCUUUUUUCUCCCAAAAGUGAAGAAUGCACAUUCUGAGGGUGAAUUAUCCUGCCUUGUUGGGGACAACUACUGUACUGCACUUAGUAACCAAGAAGGGGAUUCAUAGAUUUGAGAAGAGAUUUAUGAAUGGAUAGAAGAUUGUUUUUUAGGCGAAUUUUUGCCCAUCUUGAGAGGAAUUCAGGAUUAUGUUUCUAGCCCACACAAAAAAUCACUGUUGCUAAUGAGUGUCAGAAAUUUCUCAGGAUUUCAGUUUGUUUUCCUGAAUUUGUUGAAAUCUAUACAACUUCUGCUAUUGGAUUCAUGAAAAGUUUGACACCUAUAUCUCAUUGAAUUUCAGGUCCAUUUCAAAGAAUUUUGGAGCUUAUUUAAAAAUCCAUGCCAUCUUUGGAUUCAAACAAAUUGACCCAAACCUUGAAUCAAUGAUAUUUGUUUCUUUUGUCAACACAUGACGGAAAUAUGUUGAUUAAACGAAUUUUUUGCCAUAAAAAUGCUGUUGUCGCUUUACUAAUACAGUAAUAAAGAUAAUAUGUUAUUGCAUCUCACCUCACAAUAUCCUUCCAAAUGAAAG